UAAAAGUGGUACAUACUACACAUUAUCUCCCCCAGAAGAGCCUAUAUUGUAGUCGUUGAAGGUCAGGUAAAUCUUAUCUUGUUUUUAGUAAAGCUGAGAUCAGUUGGGGAAAUGAACAGUUCUUAACGUGUUCCCACCGGCGAACCACCUGUCAGAAAAUGCAUUUUUUCAAGUUUGUGAUAUUUAUAUUGGGAAUAUUGAGCAUAGAAAAUACUUUUGCCCAAUCAUGCGAGCCAAGGUACGAUGUUGGUCGUAUUAAUGAUACACAGUCACUUCGUCGAUUGAAUGCCUAUACCAGGUGUUGGGAAAUAAAAGUGCCAGCAGAGAGAAAUGCCAUCGUUGAAGUUACAAAAUUCACACUUAACAAAGCGCCAUAUACAGAUGUGUAUUUGAGAAUAGGGGCUCGCACUUUGAGGCCUCCACAGCCAAUAAAAGUUCAAAUUCGUUUGAUGAAGGAUGAGAUUGUCACCUUUCAUGCUGAAAAUCUCCGCAACGCCUAUUUGAUAACAGCCAGUUUCGAACUCACCUACAAAGUGCAGAGUCUUGCUUGUGACCAACCGAACCCUUUCAAAUGCAACGAAACCGAAUGUAUUCCUCAGUCCCAAAGAUGCAACGGUGUCAGCGAGUGUACGAAUGGUGCUGAUGAGGUCAACUGCGGCGAUGAAGUUGUCGUAACUGGUGACUUGAGUGCAAGCCGUGAAAAAGCUCUGAAGUUGCUAAACGAGAAGCAGAAUAUGGCUGGUGGUUGGGAAGAAAACACACCAGAAGCUGUUACUGCUGUACACCUAGCAAAGGGCUCAAAUUUUAAUGCAAAUUGCGAAGAAAAGCUGAUGGCGAAAGCUCUAGAGCUUCAAAUUGUUACCAAAGACAAACCUACACCCCCAGAGGUUGCAAAUUUUAUCAAUGCUCUACGUGCUAUUUGCGCAGACCCAGAAGAUUUCUACGGAAAAACAUUUGUCUCUGAUCUGGAGGCCAUUGCAUUUCCUGCCACAGCUCCUACAGAGGCUCCUGACCUCGGAAAAGGCUUAGUUCACCUGGCUUUGUGCAAUGCAGAAUCAAGCAAACUGCAGGAGAAUAUUGCAAAAGUGCAAGAGCUGCUAGCAGCGACGGAUAACGACAUGAAGUAUUAUGGUAUUUUGACGAUUGCUUGUUUAAAGCGCCAACAACUUACUGAGGAGCAGAACAAAACUUUGCAAACUGCUGAUAAGGAGGCCAGAACGGCCAUGAAUGCGUUAAUCAAAGGACAGAAAAUGGAUGGAAGCUUUUCUAAUAAUGUAGAGCUUACUGCCAAGAUUGCUCAGGCAUGGAAGGCAAUUAAUAUGACUGGCCGCGGUCAGGUUCUUCAGAAUUAUCAAAAAGCCAUCAAAUAUUUACAGAGCGAAAUCGAAAAUUCUCCCAGAGAUUACCCUUCACUACUAUCCACUCUUCCAGUCUUUGGAGGUCGAUCCCUUGCAGACAUCAAGUGCAAUAGUAUGGACAGUUCAGAUUUUAGAACUGGAAGAUUCAACUUGACCGAUGUUGGUUUCAAGGUACAAGAAAUCAUAGGACAAAAAUAAAGGUGAUGCUGCCGAAGAAAAAUGAACUCUGAAUUGGAUACUCAUUCAGAACUUUUGUACAUAAAAUUUGAUUGAUUUUUGUACAUAAAAAACUUGAUAACCAAUAAAGCAAACUCUUUUUCCAUUGCCUUUCUU